GCGUUUGUCAACUCUAGAUAAUACAUACAUUUAUUGUUGUACGCAUACGGACACGCGCAUACGUAGUCCGAUAAAUACACCAAAACAUUCAUAUAUAUACACGUUACUUUACUGCGAGAAAUCCUUUUUUCCCUGGUGUCGUCGCUGCUGCGCGUUGUGGUUUCUGCUCCGCCGCCAGCACUCGCCGUGUUAUAGAUUCUCUGGUUUAGCUCGAACCGCCGUCGCCGCGCCACCGUAGAAAUCUUCGAUUUUGCGUCUGACCGCUGACUUCACAGACCACAAUCUCCGUGUGCCAGUGUGUUCGAGGUCCAAAUUGACACGGCGCUAUCUAAUAAUUCAUCGUUAGUCCAUUUUCCGUCCACAACCCUUUUGGCCUCAACCGACCCAGUAGCGCUAGUUCAGUACCCAUCGCCAGACUUAAAGAAAAAAAGUAAUAAUAUCACUAACAUAGAGCUAUUCUAAAACAGUUUGAAAAGGGACAAAUCCCUCUACCGAGUGUCCGUGUUAAAUGGCUUUUCUGAAAUUAUCCACAUCUCGUAAAUGCAGUCGACUUUUAUUGCAAGAACCCAUCAGGAACGAAGUUUAUGCUCAACUGGUACGAUCGCUUUCAAAUGGAUCACAAUCGGUUGAUCAGCAACAGCGCAGAAACAACAGCAUUGCGGCAACUGUUGACAGUGUCAAAACCAAAUGGGAUCCUUUGGACACAUCGUUUGCCAACCCAGAGGCAGCUUUCAAAAGCAAGACCACCUGGGAAGUUUUUCGAGCUUACUUAGUGUACCAGCUUUGCUCAUCCUCGUAUCUUGUCGAGAAUAAUAUGCAGAUCAUGAAAGUCUGUAAAGCUAUUUUUGGUGAAAAAUUAUUUACUCUAAUAAUGAAACUGACAUUUUAUGGUCAUUUUGUUGCUGGUGAAGAUCAGUAUCGUAUAGUUCCAACAUUAAAGAGAUUAAGGUCGUUUGGUGUCAAACCAAUAUUGGAUUAUUCUGUUGAAGAGGAUAUUAGUCAAGAGGAAGCAGAAAAACGAGAAGUUGAGUCAAGCUUAUCGGAAAUAGAGAAACAAGACAAAACUGCUGAACAAAAAGAAGCUACUGUUUCAGCGGAGAAAAUCGGAGGAUCUCUUCCCCAGUAUCACGUAGACAAACAAUUUGCGGACAGAAGGUACAAAGUGCAGAGUGCUCGUACUUACUUUUACUUGAACGAAGCUACAUGUGAACGCAACGUCGAAGUAUUUCAAGAUUGUCUAGCCGCUGUGGCCGGUGCCACUUACGGAACAGGAAUAACUGCCAUUAAACUUACUGCUCUCGGACGUCCUCAGCUAUUGUUGCAAUUAUCUGAAGUUAUAAUGAGAGCUCGUUCAUUGGCUAGUGAGCUGAUGGGUGGUAAGGGAAACGUUAUUGGUCAACAUCUAACUCUUGAAGAGUUAGACAAGCGUUUAUUUGAAGCUGGUAUCAAAGAUACAAAAAAAUUCUUGGAAAAAGUCACCAAAGAUAGCCAAGGUGUCAUACAUUUAUUCCCAUGGAGUGGUUUAUUAAAUGAAAACUCUGAAUUAUGUGAGACCUUCCGAGUACCCUGCUUAAAAGAGGGUCGCAUGGUAAGACUAUUGUCUCAGCUAUCAAAAAAAGAAGAGGAAAUGUUCCGGAACAUGGUUCAACGUCUCAACACUCUAGUUCAAACUGCCAGAGAUUUAGAUGUGCGUCUUAUGGUUGAUGCUGAACAAACUUAUUUUCAGCCUGCAAUUUCUAGAUUGACACUAGAAUUAAUGCAAAAGUACAAUACUGAAAAAGCUAUUGUAUUCAACACUUAUCAAUGUUACCUAAAAGAUACGCUUAAUGAAGUUAAGACUGAUCUAAACCAAGCUAAAAGACAAAAAUUCUAUUUUGGAGCAAAACUUGUGCGAGGCGCUUAUAUUGAUCAAGAAAGAGCAAGAGCUGCAGCUUUAGGUUAUACUGAUCCUACUAACCCGUCAUACGAUGCCACUACCAAGUUGUACCAUGACACUCUAACAGAAUGCUUAACACGUAUCAAGGAUCUCAAAGACAAGGGUGACACUCCAAAUAAAAUUGGAAUUAUGGUUGCUUCACACAAUGAAGAUACAGUUCGCUUUGCUAUUUCAAAAAUGAAUGAAAUUGGAAUCUCUCCAGAGGACAAAGUGAUCUGCUUCGGUCAAUUGCUCGGCAUGUGCGAUUUCAUUACGUUCCCUCUGGGCCAAGCUGGAUAUUCAGCCUAUAAGUACAUACCAUAUGGACCAGUGAACGAAGUGUUACCAUAUUUGUCCCGCCGAGCUAUGGAGAACAAAGGAGUCCUGAAGAAAUUGGCCAAGGAAAAGAGGUUGCUGAGAAAAGAGCUGUUUAGGCGUUUACUGCGAGGACAAUUCUUUUAUAAACCAAGCGGCAACUACACGCCAGUUUAAAAUUUGACACGUUUAAAUUUUUAAAUUGUAUAGUAAGCGCCAAUUUCACCAGUGAUAUGCCAGUUAGUUUUUUGAAUACCAACCUAUGCCCCUUUCAAAUUACUUAACCUUUAAGAAGUAUUACAAAAGUAUUUUAUGACAGAUUAGACGUUAACACAGUACUUAUAAUAUCCAGUAUUAAAAGCAAGGAUAAUGUUAAAAAUUGUUAUUUCUGAAUCUCUUGUUACCUUAAACUUGAAAUUUGUACUUAAUUCGAUGAGAAAAGGGAUCAUAGUUCCUACAAAAUUUAUUUCCCUAAAAAUUCAAAAACUAUUAUAAUCGGUUGACAUUUAACUGUGCUUUUAAAAUAUAUGCUGGUCUUUUAUAUAUGUAGAAGACAAUUUAUUAUUACAAAUUAUUAUCGUUUAUACAACUGUUGUAUAGGUUAUAAAUAUAUACAUAAAACAAAAUUAGAGUUUUCACAAUUUUAUACAUUUAAAAACAUGUUUUAUUAUAUUGUUUUAACAAUACAAUUUUAGUGUUUUAUUUAAACAUUAUAAUAAAUUCUGCUAUUAAAAUAUAGUCGGAAAUGGCUUAGCAAGUGCCUGCAUAACUGAUAAUGUGUAUUAUCUCGUGUUAAAUUUUUAUGUUUAUAGAAAACAUGUUGUUUUUCGGCUGUAAUUUUAGUACUUAAACUAUUAAGAUUAUUGACUUUAAAGAGAAAAAUGUUUAUAAACAAUCUUGCAUGUUUUCUAAAUUUAAUUAAGUAAUAUAAGUCAGCAAAGUUGUUUACCAGAGGAACUGUCUGUGUUAAACUAAGAUGUAUCGGACAAUAAACAUUUUGCAGUCGUUUAAGCUUUUAAUUGUUGAAAUAAAUUUGUUUGUAGUACACUCAAAAGUUUAUAAAUAAUUUUUAUCAAAAACCAAGAAAA